GCAGCGAUUGGGAGGCUCUCGAGCUUCCUGACACCGCCAGCAAAGCCGAAAUAAAGGCACAAUAUCGGAAGCUGUCCAUUCGCUACCAUCCCGACAAGUGCAAGGAGGAAGGAGCUCACAAGCGCUUCGCCCGCAUUGCAGAGGCCUACGAUGCGCUGAAG